UAUUAUCGAGUUAUUUUUCCAUGAGCGUCACGUUGGCGGCCUGACGGGCGCGGCCAUAUUUCCAGAGAGAGACCAUUCGUGUGUCGGCGACGGGAAACGACGUAACGUCCGUUCACAAACCGCAUCGCAUCCACCGCAACCCAAUACACCCGUACCGCGUACGAGAGUCAACUCCGCCGCAGCCGUCGUCGCCGUCUCGCUCGCCGGUCCUUUUACGACGUUACAAUAUUUUAACCGUUUUUUUUCUUUCUCCGCCGUCUUCGUUUACUCGUAAACUAUCGUCAUCGUCGUAACUCAACAUUAUUUAUAUUUUUUAAUAACACAUUUUAUUUCUUUCUCGCUGUCUCGCCCGUACCGCCGCAGCAGCAGCAGCAGCAGCCUUCGUCGUCAGAUUAUCACCUUAGCGCCGUCGUGUGUAGUACGCGCGCAGUCGAGUCGCACACAACCUCACGCGUUGUCGCCCGCCGCCGCCGUCGUCGUCUCGUCGUCGUUGCAGCCACCUCCGUAGGCCGCCCGUCCGUGUCUUGUGUCCGAGAAAAUCGCCGUCACCGCCGCUAUGUCCGAAAGGGAAGAAAACGUAUACAAGGCGAAACUCGCCGAACAGGCCGAACGAUACGACGGUGAGUAAACGUCCGUCCGUGUGUGUGCGCGGAUCAUUCGCGGCGCCCCCCGGGGGGCAACCGCGGUCCCCUCCCCCGCGAUAACGGCGGUUGCAAAAACGUCGCGUAGGCUCCUACGCGUAAUUACGCACCGAAAAUUCUGUCCUGCUCGUCCGUGCGGCCGCGUAACCGUACGGCGAAAUUGAUAUGAAAAUACGCUCGGACGCCGAAAAAACAUCGGAAAUUCCGUCGUACCCCUCCGGGCGAAAUUUCUCGCCGCCCGGCGUUUUUUUUUUUUUUCUCUCUCUAAUCGGCGGGCCCCAAAGCCUUUUACGUCGCGACCGUCGGCGGCCGCCGCCGUUGUCGACGCCGUCGCCGCCGCCGCCGCCGCCUCCUCCUCCCCGUCCUCCUCGCCCUCGAAUAAUCAAUACGUAUAAUCGGGCGCGCUAUAUUUUUCCUUUUUUUUUUUUUUUUGUAGGUUAGCCGCAUCGCGCACCUAUGGUUCGUGCGUGUGCGACUGUGUGCAUAUAGGUGUACGCGUACUACGCGCAUAAUACGUAUUAUAUUAUUUUAUUAUAAUUUAUAUUAUUACGAUGUUUGUGUAAUCGUAUGUGUGUGGGCACAACUCUAUAUUGUAAUGUGCGCGACGAUGGGUUUUUUUUUUUUUUUGUCCGUUAGGCGCACGGGAUUCUAUUGCGUCGUGGCCAGUACGACAUAAUAUCAUUAUAAUAACUUCUAUUAAUAUUUUCAGUACGUAAUUAUCGGGUGGCCUCCGCCGCCGGUUCGUCUGACCGUUUUAUCGUUGGUUGAUUUUUCCGGGCGCCGUUCCUCCCCGCAUGUUUUUCAUAUUGAUGCGCGCCGCGAACGCCGCCCCUUCGUGCGUCCGGGGGUAGUCGGCGAGCACGCCCGCGUGAGGGUUUCCGCACGGCGACUCGCAUCACUCCCCUCGAACGGGUGUUUCUCAUUUCAGGUCCGUUUUCUGCGGUGCCCUUGCGAGUCCCCCCCCCUCCUCCGCAUACGCCACUGUCAUUUUCAGCAGUUGAAAUGUGUACCAUUUUUCUUUUUUUUUUUUCUUUGGGAGGCGCAAGAUUGACUACCCAGGCGUUGCCGGUUUUCGAUUUUGACACCCCUUCCCCACCCCCGCUAUUUAUAAAUUGAACCCUGGUUGCGUCGCAGCUGUAGGUAUCUACGUUCCCCGAUAAUUUUUAUGAAAAUAAAACUGCUCGUUUUCAUUAGGUUUAAUGUGGUUUACCGAGUACCUACCCAAUAUCAAUAUCUCUAUUAUCAUCCAAAUACUAUUUUCAAGAAUAUUUUUAUUUUUUAAUAGAACUAAGAAUUAACGUGUAAAAGCUAUUAAUGUGCGUGUAUGUGCUUCCUCGUAUACUAUACAUUAUGUUGCACUUAACUGUUCAAUUUUGAAAUUGUCUUUUUUAGUUUAUUAAACACAAUGAGAUGUUUGUUCAAUUAAAUGUUAUCUUGUAGGUAGGUAGUUUGAAUAAAAAGUUUAUUGUGUUAUCUAAACAGAAUAAAUUAUGGCAUCAAGACGACAUUGUUUGAGACUUCUAAAUUUUAAUAUACCUACCCAAGUUUAAUAACAAUAGAGUACAAUUUCUCGCAUUAUUAUAAUCUGUGUUAGGUAAUCUACCUAGUGUCGUAUUAUAAAAAAUACCCAUUUACUUAUUGGUUAGGUAGAUAUUUACAAAGUAAAUAGUAUGUCGGUAUAACAUUAUGUGUAAUAAUAAAUAUAAAUUUGAAAACUUAUCCUAUAUAAUUAUUGGAACCUAGUACAAAUUUUAGUAUUAAUUUAUAAUUGUUUGUUUUAUUCUGAUUAUUUCUGACCGUUAAUGUCUAGUCAAGUUACCUGAGUGGUUCACAUUCAAAAUUGAAGAAAAUCAAAAUCACAUACAAUAAAUUUAAUUAUUUUGCUUAUUCAGUAUAGAGUAGUAAGAUGGUAUAUUUAUGUAAAAGUAUUUCUUACUGUAAGAACCCGUACAAUAAUUAAAAUUCAUAAUAAUAUUUUUAAACAUUUUAUUUUUUUUUUUUAAGAAUUUAUAUUAUAUUUGUAUUUUAUUCACUUUUAUUAUUUUUCUGUAUCUACUUAGUUUAAUUUAAUCGUAUUAAUUAUAAUCCAUGGCUGAUUAAUUAAAUCAAUAUUAUUAAUGUUUUUAACCAGUUAGGCAUUUACACAAAUUUAAAAAUAAAAAAUAUUAAACCGUUAAAUACUAUAUUGUUAACAUCAACCUUUGAUAUUUGUAUUUUAUUAAUACAUGUUCAAAUGUUCAAGGCUAAAUCACCCUAUAAAAUGUCUGUUAUGAAAUCAAACAUGGAAUGUAGUGUAUUAUUUUAAGUGGUUUUUAAGGUGGUAUUAUGACGAGCAAAUAUUUUGAUGGGUUUUAAAUUGUAAGUAUUGUUAAUGUAGGUACCGACAUAGAUAUUACAAUAGGUAUCUAGGUAAUUAAUAAUUAUUAAUAAGUACUAUUUUAAAACUUUUUCUGUUUAAAGCAUAUGAAGAUCUAUAUUUGUUUUAUUUAUCUUACAUACAUAUCAUAUUAUAAUUUCCUGGUUUAGAAUCAAUAGUUUUAUUUUAAAACAGUUCCUUAUUGAUAAGUGAUUAAAUAAAACAUUAAAAUCCAUUCAUGUUCUACAUACCAACAAAAAAUAUAUUUUCAAAUAUUUGUUAAUAGAUUAAUGUAGGUAUCUACUUAUUCAAAUAUUAUUAUUGUAAUCGCAAUUACUAAAAACAGUAGGUAAUAACUGUGUUUAGUGUCAACUUGGAUAUCAGCUAAGCCGUUAAAUGUAAUUUAUAUAUUUUUUAUUGCAAUCGGGUUACAUGCUUGUUUUUACACUAUUCCAAAUAAAUAGGUACUUAAAAAAAUAAAUAAAAAUGUUUUACUUGUAAUAAUGUCUUUACUCUUGUGAUAUAAUACACAAAAAUAAUAUUAUUCAUUUAGCCAGUACUGUUAGGCAAAUACAGGGUGCUCUAUUUAUCACGAACCAGCAGUUUUUAAGUUAAUUUGAUUUCUGUUUUUCAAAUAUUAUGGAAUUAUUUAAGCUUCAAUCAUUUUUUUUAAUGUUUUAUCCCUACUGCUCUUAUACCUUAAAUGAGUACAAUUGAUUUUCAAAUAGCAAAAUAGACCCUUUUUUAAACCCAUGUAGAGAAUUCUGCAAAUGUUUCAAGAUUUUUCUGUAUUUAUACUCUACUUGUAUUGAAUAAACUAGUUAUGAAUUAUUACGAUUAAAAAUUCAAAUCAAAAGAAAAGAAGUAGGGUAAUCAAUUAUUAUUCAAUUAAUAUGAAAUUAUUCCCCCCCUUACUCCUCCGGUUUAAAUUUCAAAAUUGAUAUAACUCGUAAUUAGUAAAUCUAAUAUUAGUGUUAUUUAUAUAAAUAUAUUUAGAAAAAUAUUUGAUUAGUAUCCUACUCACAGUAAACAUAUCCCCGGUAUAUGAUUUAAAUUUGUUGUUGCUAUUUGACAAUAAUUGUUAGAUGGUGAUUUUUAUCAUUAAAUUUUUAUUGUUAUCACAGUUAUAUUUAUAUAUUUAUUUUGUCAUCAUUUUUUCUGAUACUAUUUAUUAAUUUACAAUUUUUAUUUGAUAAUCGAUCGAUCUGCCAAAGACAAAUAAUAAUGGUCUUAAAAAAAAAUAAAUAAUUGGUGCCAUUAUUAACAGACAAAAAAUAUAUUCAUAUGGGUUAAUUUACAGUGAACAUUUACUUGUUGUAAAAGUUCAUAUUACAUUAAAGCUUAUUAUGUUUUUUAUAUAACUAUGGUAGCUUGCGAACACAAUUUGGCUAAUUAUUUAAUUUGUAGUGGUCGCAUUUACAUAAAAUACAAUGCUAAUUAUCCAUCAGUCCAUAUAGUCUGUUAAUCUUUUCAUCAGAAGAAUCAGGAUGCUCUUAACUUUUAGUUUGUCAGUUUUAAAUUGGUAAGUUUGUGUGUUCUCAAAUAACCAAAUGCCAAUCGUAAAACCGAUUAAUAAAAGUCUCUUGAAGUGUAAGGAGUUGAGUUGAAAUAUUUAAAGGACCUUUCUAUUUAAUACUGUAUAUUGGACAAUAUUCUUUUUAAUAUUACAAAAUUAAUUUUCAAUCGCCAUUUAAUAAUUUGGUUUGUAAUUUAUAACAAUUACCAACAUAUAUUAUUACGCAGAUUGUAUUAUUUCAAGAAUUAAAAGUAAUUUCCUCUGCCUUCUAUUUUAACACACAUUUUGAAUUUUGUAAUGAAAAUAAAAAUGAUAGAUUGAUGACAUUCAGAAAUACAGUUGAAAAAUAAUAGUUAGUAUCUAUUUUUAUUCUCAUCAAAUUACCACAGAUCACAUUACACACUUUUUACGGGAAUAUAAAUGAUUUUACUACAUGUUAUAUGCAUUAUAUUUCAAAAGUGUACCUUUGACGGAAUCGAUAUUGUUUUUAAACGUCAGUAUAAAAUUACUCCCAGUACAAUCAUUGUUUGCUUAUAUAAAUUUAUUUGACUACCUGUUUAAUUAGCAAUUACUUGUAUCUGCUGUGAUAUAAUCGUCGAAUUAAAAGUUAAAAUGUGUAGUAUUAAUGUUAUUAGCGUAAUCGAGCACAUCAAAUAAUAUCUAUAAUAAUUCAAGAUGCCUAUUAUUAUACCAUGUAAUUUGAAAAAUUUUACAAUUUUUUCAUUAGUAUUUGUGUUGUUUUAUUUACGUGGGCAUCCGAGGGGAAAUUAUUGGUAUUAACGGUUCCGGGUAAACAAUAUGAACUCGUUUUAAAUACGUAGGCAUUGUUAUUUUCAGAAAGUAAUUUUUUUUUUUUUUGCUUUCGCCACUAAGCCAAUGUAUUUAAUUUACUUUUGGCGGGGUGUGGUGUACGGAGGGGCGGCGCGUACAUAUAACAUUGGUGUUUCCAUAGUAACGGUCUCUCCCCUUCGUGUCAACUUACGUUGUAUACCGCCGAGGCGUUUUGUACACCUCAUGUACGUCCCCUGAUGGUCUAUUGAUCUGUAAGUUAAAACUUUCGGCACGGCCGUUGUCGUGUCAAUGACAAACGGAAAAAAACAAAAAAAAAAUAACAUGACGCUAAUAAAAAUCCUAAAUCUUGGACGCAUAAAGAUUUAGGUGGCAGUGUUUUAAUAAAUUGCCUUAUCAAUUAAAAACCGCUUAUUGAAGAGCAAAAAAAAAAAUUAAGCUUUUUAAGCGAUAUUUUUGUUUUUUCCAAAUUAUUACAGACUGAUUGAUUGAUUUACGAUAAUAAUUAUCGUGUCUUGGAUUCGACGUAGUUUACUCGUUUUAUUUUUAAUCUCGAAAUAUCUGCUAGAAUAACACACCGCGAGUGUAGGUUUUGAGCGCCGUAUAACUUCGGGAAAUAAAUCUUUUAUUACUCUUGACGCGCAUGAACAGAGGUGGUCGGCUCGCCCGAAAUAAUACCAGUUUUCACAGAAUGUUCGCGUGUUUCUACAAAUAUCACAUGGGUGCGUGUUACAAUAUCCGCGUAAGACUGGUAUUUCCAUGUUUCGUUACUAUUAAUAACAACCGAAUUAUUAAAAUAUAAUCGAUUGGUUAAAAUACUUGUAGGUCGAUAUUCGUUUGAUGUAAAAGGCAUAUAAUAAUAUCAUUGUUCCGUGGGGAUUGGAAGCCCAGUUUCUGUUUUUCUCCUAACACGCUGGCGAACCGGAAUUUGUUGGACCCGUUCCCAUUCCAACAUAACGACUGAUCUAGACGAGCGAUAAGAAUUCUAAAAGUAGAUUUGAGUUUUUCGUCAAGUUUACAUCCGAUCGACCUUGCAACAUUUUUAAUUAUCAUUCUCCGAGUCCCAAAAGAGUAGCAAUUAAAAAUGACGGCCAUACUUCGUACGUGGGCCACUGUUUUGUAGAUGAAGUUGUUGGGAAGGUAGGAUAUUGAAGACAUUUGUUUUAUCUCUGCGCGCUACGAUUAACCAUUGCUAACGAAAAACAAUUCGGUGCGGAGUUCGGUUGUACGUGUUUCGAAGGGCCGUAAUUGAGCAAAAUUUGAUUUUAAAAUUCUUGUAAAAGAGUAUAUAUAGAAUAAUAAACUUGCUCAAUUUUCAAACAUUUCUUAAACACAUUCACACUGAAUACAUAUCACAUAGAAAAAACUACAUCGGAGUAAGAUUUCUAGUUGACAAUUAGUUUGCAGUAUAUAUAAAAGAAAAAGUAAUAUUUUCAUUUUUAAAUAAAUUAAAUUUGAUUCCUCAUUUAAAUCAUACUACAACCAGAACUGGACCAUCUUUAACGUUAAUAAAUAAAAUAAUAUCUAACUUAUAUAUCUAAACUAAUACAUUUUUUUUUAUUUUUUAGAAAUGGUCGAAUCGAUGAAAAAAGUUGCAUCGUUAGAUGUUGAAUUAUCUGUAGAAGAAAGAAAUCUUUUAUCUGUAGCUUAUAAAAAUGUGAUUGGAGCUCGACGUGCUAGCUGGCGUAUAAUUUCUAGUAUUGAACAGAAAGAAGAGAACAAAGGUGCCGAAGAAAAGCUAGAGAUGAUUCGUCAAUAUAGAUCACAAGUAUUAUGCUUAUUUAAACUGAACUAUUAAAUGAUUUUUAUUUGAAGACAUUUGAAAAUAAUUAAUUUAAAUUAUUUUUUACAGGUUGAAAAAGAAUUAAGAGAUAUUUGUUCAGACAUUUUAAACGUACUUGAUAAACACUUAAUAGCUUGUGCUGCUACAGGGGAAUCUAAAGUUUUCUAUUAUAAGAUGUAAAUAUUAAAUAUAAAACAAAAUUUCUUUAUUUACAUGCACUAUUAUAGUUAAUAAAAUAUUGUAUAUGAAAUAAUUUUAUAGGAAAGGUGAUUACCAUAGAUACCUGGCUGAAUUUGCUACUGGGGAAGAUAGAAAAGAAGCCGCUGAACAUUCUCUGGUCGCUUACAAAGCCGCUAGUGAUAUUGCUAAUCAAGACUUACCCCCCACUCACCCGAUAAGGUAUCUUAUUAAAAAUUAUUUAUAUUAAUAGUGAAACUAAAAAGAAUUUAUGUAUAUUUUUUUUAAGGUUGGGUUUGGCAUUGAAUUUUUCCGUAUUUUACUAUGAGAUCCUCAACACCCCAGAUAGAGCAUGUCAUUUAGCUAAAAAAGCUUUUGAUGAAGCAAUUGCUGAAUUGGACACGUUAUCUGAAGAGAGUUACAAAGAUUCCACACUUAUUAUGCAGUUAUUAAGGGACAACCUAACCUUGUGGACUUCAGAUAUGCAAGGAGACGGUAUGGAAAUUCAAAUUUAAAAAUAAAAGUUAUUUUCAUUAAGUUGAUUUUAAUAAUUUUUCUCAGGUGCAGAAGCUGAACCUAAAGAACAACUUCAAGACGUUGAAGAUCAAGAUGUCUCAUAAGUGUCUCAUGUCUCCUGCGAUUGCGCUAUAAUAAAAUAACUAAUUGUCAUCGAAAAACAGUGUCUGUGUACAAAAUAAUAUCAAAUAUGAAAACAUAAAAAAUAUGCAUUAAUAGUUACAGCCCUAAAAGUAAACGCGACUCACUCCAAGACUGUCAAAUUUUUUUCCGUACACUUUGAUUUUUCUUUAUCUCACUGGCAGGGGAAAAUGUGACAGUAAUUUGGUUCAAUCGUAUAAAAUUCCGAAAAAAAAAAAUUAAUAAUAUUAAACAAAUUUUGUGUCUUUCUGUUCAGUAUUAUGUGUUAAAAGUUUUAUUUUUGUAUUUAAAUUAUAAGGCUUUUUAUUAUUAUUUUUUAAAUUUUUUUUGUAUUUUUUUUUUUUUCUUUUAGGUAGAAGAAAUUGGUUAAGCAAUAUAAUUGUUUCUUUUAAUGUAAAAUAGAAAGAAAAAAUUUUUCAUUAGACGUAGUUAACCACAUUGAAAAAGAAGAGGUUAAGGCGUAUAAUAGUUAAUCGGUUCUUAAUAUUUUAGUGCUAAAAUAUUACUUAAAGGAUUUUUUUCUUUCUAUUUUAUAUUGAAAAAAAAUUAUGUAUACAAAAUCAUUACUCCUUAAAAAUCUCAAUUAGAAUUCAGAAUUAAAUUAGGUCCAUUGAUGGCACCUAUGUUCAGUUCCUGUAUUUAAACCAGUGGUUUUAGUUUAUCUUUUAUAACAUUUAUUUGCUUUAAUAUUAGUUAAAAAUGAAACUUUAGCACGUCCAAUGAAACACAUUACAUAUUAUUGUUCAUAAUAUGUAAAUUGUACAAAAAAAAAAAAAAAAAAAAUGGAAUCAAAGUGUACUGUAGUAUUAUUCAUUUUUUGCUUUAUGUUAUGAAAUUUUCUUUUAUAAUGUUUAUGUAAGUUUAUUUUAUUAUUUUUUGCCAAAUUCAUCUUAAAAUACUAAAUUAUAAAAAAAAAAUGUGAAUGUAUACUUUUAUGUCAAUUAGUUUUUACUUUUAUAACAAGUAUUUAACUUAAUGUGCAUGAAGUAUUAUUUGGGAUCAUUAAUGAAGUCAUUUUACAUUUCUGAAUCUAAACCCCCUGCCUUAAAAAAAAAAAAACUAAUUUUAAUGAAACACAUUUUAACUCCUUGAAAAUUAUUUCAGCAAUAAUUAAUUUAUGAUAUCGUUAAUGAUUUUUAAUGUCUGUAACAAAAGGAAAACAAGUGCAACAUUUUGUAUGUUUUCGUCAUUCCGUUUACUUAGAUAAAAAAAAAAAAUAACAAAAUUUAAAAAAAAAAAUUGUAGGUUAAUAUGUGUUUAUUAUAGUUAUGAUAGGGUUUAUUAUAAUAUAAUUUACUAUGAUACGAUAAUUUUGUUAAAAAAUUAUAAAAAAUCGUAAUGCUUUCUCAUCAAGUUUUCCGAAGAUUGUUUUUUUUUUUUCUUAUAUUUAUAUAUGUGUGUGUGUAUACAUAUAUAGAUAUUGUAAUUAUAAUAAUAUGGUAAUUAAAAUGAAAAACCAAGGUGUUAAGUUCAUAGAACCAAUGCGAGUAAUAUUUUAAUAUAAUAUUCGUAGUGCUAUGAGCAUUUUUGAAUCGCAUAAUUCUAUAUCGAUAGCAUUUCGAGUUUUUUUGUUUUUUUUUUUUUUUUUGUGAUAUUUUUUUUAAAACUGUAAUCAUUUAACUACAUGUACUGACAAUACCUGUAUGUAUUUUUUAUUGUGUGUUAAUCGCAUCAAAUACGGACCAAAAUGUUUACAGUCUAAAAACUUUUUAAAAAAACUUAAGUAGUUCUUAGCCACCUAUCGAUUAUUUAGUCUUAUUUAUUGUGUAGAUUUUUUUUUCUACUUCUCAGUAUACGUGAUAAUUAAAAAAAAAAAAAAAAAUUAAUGAAAUUUAAUUAUAUUAUGAUAUUAUUUCCGGAAAAUUUCCUUUGCCGGUAACCAUUUAUAAUUUACAUACUAAUUAAUUUUAUAUGCAUAUUAUUUAUUUAUGAUAUGCGUGUAUUUGAUGUAUUUUCAACACUUGAUCAACAAUACAACUUACUAUAUUAUAACGAGUGUGUUUGUGUGUGAGAUAGGGAUCCUUUGUAUUACUCCAAUCCCCGCCCUACGUAAUGUUUUUAGUAUAGAUGUGUCAGUAACUUUUUUUACAUACCAUUUUUUAAGAUGUAUAUUAUUAUUUAUUUAUUUUGUCUCUUUAAACAAUAAUAUUAAUAUUAAUUAAUAAUAUAACAUUAAACCUAUAUUAUAAUAUUAAUAUGCGCCAUUGCAUUAAAUUUUUACAUCUUUCAAAUUUUGUUAUGUUUAUUAUGUUGUCUUUUUGUUAACUG